AUGGUCAGAAAACUUAAGCAUCAUGAGCAGAAACUUCUGAAGAAAGUGGACUUUCUAGAAUGGAAGCAAGAUCAGGGUCACAGGGAUACGCAAGUAAUGCGGACCUAUCAUAUUCAGAAUCGUGAAGAUUAUCAUAAAUAUAAUAAGAUAUGUGGUGAUGUGCGUCGUUUGGCUCACAAAUUAUCACUUCUGCCACCUACAGAUCCAUUCAGAAUAAAACACGAACAGCUAUUACUGGAGAAGCUAUACGCUAUGGGCAUUCUCACGUCUAAAUCCAAAAUCUCGGACCUAGAAAACCGUGUCACCGUCAGCGCGAUUUGUAGAAGGCGUUUGCCAGUGAUUAUGCACCGCCUCAAGAUGGCUGAAACUCUUUCAGAUGCUGUGAAGUUUAUAGAACAGGGGCAUGUGAGAGUGGGUCCUAAUUUGAUCACAGAUCCUGCCUAUUUGGUUACACGAAACAUGGAAGAUUAUGUCACCUGGGUCGAUAGCUCCAAGAUAAAGAAAACUAUUCUCAAAUACAGAAACCAAAUUGACGAUUUCGACUUUGCAUGA